AUGACGAGAAUGGAAUGGAAAGAGAGGUAUGAUGCCGAUGCUGAACCAUAUGCAACUCCGGAGAUUAUAAAGAAGUGGUAUGCCGAUGGGGGAGUGCAUUCUGUAACUUGGGGCGACGGAGUCCAAGACCUUUACCAAAAUAAAACCCCCUCUCAGCCAGAGACUAGCAAUCAACGUCUCUCCGUUGGAGCUAUCGCUGGCAUCUCAAUUGGCACAGUCGCGGGCAUAAUCGCCCUAAUAAUAUCCAUAUUCCUUUUUAUCCGAAAGUAUCAAAGGAAACAGACGGAGAAACACCAUGAGCUCGAAACACGGCUGGAUCGAUCGUUGUCUACUUGGACUUCAGCGACCACGACACUACAACCCGUCGAAAUGUAUUCAGCUCCCCCAGAGCUCGGUGGAGACACUCAGCGCAUCGCCAUGAGAGACAGCUUACAGGUCCCGGGCCAGAUCCCCGCGGAUAGACGGACAGAGCUUCACGGAGACGAGCGCUUAGAGAUGGUGGGAUAG